AUGGACAGGUACAUGUGGCCCCCGGGGGUGGAGCCAGCCCUGAAGAAAGGGGUCUAUUUGGCAAGCAAAGUGCAAGUAGAGGCAUGUAUGAAGCGGCUGGACCCAAGUGCAGACUUGACGAACCUGUGGGGGAAUUAUCCAUGGCACAUCCCAGCAGUAGCGGCUGUUGCAAAAGGCGUAGAUAUUGAUGGGUUGUCGCCGGUCAAGAGCGGCACAGCCGGCGCGCGAAAGAAGCAGAAAGGUCCAGGACAGUGUGUGUUUCUCCGACCCGAGCAGGAGAAUACCCCUCCAUUCAUCCUUCUUAUCACCGAGCUCUUUCCCCCAAACCAUCCGUCAGGAAAGACAGGGGCAGGCUAUUUCUUUUGGCGAGCAGAAGAUAUUCGAGUGCUGUCCGGUAUAAGCGACUUUCAAGGCAGUAAAGAGGACAGCGAGGUGUACGUAACUAGGCAUAGAGCUGAGUUUGAAGUUGACGAGAUUCUAGAUCUGACGGAUGUUCAACCCUUCUUUGUGGGAGAAAACUUGGACGGGCUGUACUACAAGAGCGUCUGGGAUUAUGAUUCGGGCCUCCUCAAGCAUAUUGACUUCAACCUGGAGGGAAGUUCGCGGGGACCGAGCAGCCUUCCUCGACUUCUAAAAUACCUCCAGGCUCAGGCUUAUAGGAAUACUAGCGAAGCAAGCGACAUGAUUGCAGAUCUAGCCCGUGAACUUGGUCAGAACUGGUGGAUAAAGUAUGCGCAAACCGCACGGGUUGGAGGGGAUAUGAACUCGUACGAGAUCCACCUGCCAAUUGUUUUUGAGUUAGCGCCAGCAGGGGAUAAAUUGAAGGUUAGGAUGCACGGGCUAGAGAUGUUCAACCUUGCAGGGGCUAGUCAGUGGGACACUCGAUGUAAUCCCCUCGCAAUGAAACGUGUUCCAAAGUGA